CCGCCCCACGGCCUCCCGCUCUGUCGUCGACUGCACUAGCAUGGUGCCUGCAGUUCACGACAAAGGCAAAGCACGAGCGGGGCAUGGCCAGGACAAGAACUGGAAUUAUAUCAUCCGCUCAGGCCUUGCAGGCGGCAUAGCUGGGUGUGUCGCGAAGACGGUGAUCGCUCCGUUGGACCGCGUCAAGAUUCUAUUCCAGACGUCCAACCCCGACUUCCAGCGAUAUGCGGGAACAUGGUCAGGCGUGUUCCGCGCCGGCAAGGUUAUAUACAACGAGCAGGGUGUAAGGGGACUACUACAGGGGCACUCAGCUACCUUAGCACGAGUAUUCCCCUAUGCUGCCAUCAAGUUCAUGGCGUACGACCAAGUACAUCAUGUGCUCAUGCCAGCGAGGGAGAAGGAAACGAAUGCGCGGCGGUUUGCCGCAGGUGCAAUCUCCGGUUGCAUCUCCGUAUUCUUCACAUAUCCACUCGAGCUCAUUCGCGUUCGCAUGGCGUUCCAAACUCGUCACCAGAGGAUACCUCCGACAUCCGCCGCUGCGGGUGAACCAUUGGCAUCGUUAGCUUCAUCCUCUGGAACUCGAAUACGAACGCAACCACUACGCCCUUCCAUCAUGUCUGCCGUCGCACAAAUAUAUCAUGAAGGAGAUCCAGCUCCGACGGCAAAACCCACCACCAAGCACCUUUUCGCGCGCUUCCCAGUACUCAAGUUUUAUCGAGGCUUCACUGUCACAAUCGUUGGCAUGAUCCCAUAUGCUGGCACCUCGUUCCUCUCGUGGGGGUACAUGCGCUCCCAUCUACUUUAUCCUCGAGAGGGUAAAGAGCGCACACGCUUCUAUCCGCUAUACGAUUUGGGUAUUGGCGCUGUGGCGGGCGCGAUAUCUCAGACGGCGUCGUACCCGUUCGAGGUCGUACGACGGCGAAUGCAAGUUGGCGGGCUCACGAGACCAGAUCGGUGGAUGAGAUGGGGGGAGACAGUGAAAGCCGUAUGGGCCCAGGGAGGCUGGAGAGGAUUCUACGUUGGGCUGAGCAUCGGAUAUAUGAAGGUCGUCCCUAUGACCGCGGUCAGCUAUGCGGUGUGGGAAUGGGGAAAGAGGAUAUUGGGUGCUUGAGACAGUGUAUUAUGACGGAGGCGUAUGAACUACGCAUGACAACCACGCUCUAUUCACGGCGUCCUAAUCAUCGUUGAUCAACACAUUUCUGUAGACACUACAGCUCUGUACCCUUUACUCGAUCUCCAGUGAUGUGUCUGACAACAUUCUACUAGAGCUUUCCAUCGCGGCGAUCUGCAGUUAUUCGGAUCCCGGUUCAUAUCAAAACUUACUGCAGUUGGUUAAGAUCAAUCAUGUUACAGUGGCUCUCGAUCUCAUCGCAGGGUUUCC